CAACUUCAGCCAGAAGUACCUCUACAAGUACAACUCGGAGCUCAGAGUUGAGAGAGCAAGAGAGACACAGAGAAAUUUAAGAGGGUUCGUUCAUCGAUCAGUACUAAGAAGAAGAAAAAUAGAGAAAGAUGGUGAGAACUCCUUGCUGUGAUGAAAGGGGAAUGAAGAAAGGUACAUGGACUCCGGAGGAAGAUAGGAAGCUCAUAGCUUAUGUUACUAGGUAUGGCUGCUGGAAUUGGCGCCAACUCCCCAAGUUUGCUGGGCUUUCAAGGUGUGGGAAGAGUUGCAGGCUGAGGUGGCUGAAUUACUUGAGGCCGAACAUCAAGAGAGGAAACUACACCAGUGAAGAAGAGGAAAUAAUAAUCAGACUUCACGAAAAGCUGGGGAACAAAUGGUCUGCGAUUGCGGCACAGCUUCAGGGAAGAACUGACAAUGAGGUUAAGAAUCACUGGCACACAAACCUCAAGAAACGCUUAAUGAUGAACAAGCACAAGGCCUCCUCAGUUUCAAUCACACGCGAUGAUCAUCAUGAAGAAGUAGUACCCAAAUCAUCGGAUCAGCCAAAGACUACUGCUCCUGCUGAUUUCGCAAAUGCAGAAACUACUGAUCCUGCUGAUUUCGCAAAUGCAGAAACUACUGUUGAUCAAAUUCCCCCAAUUGAUUAUCUUGAUUACCCAGAACUGUGGUCGCCACAGCCUUCAUCGAGUGAGGUCUCGUCCAUGACCAGCGAUACUGCGGUUGCAAUUACUGCCGCAGAUGGUUUGGUUGUGGAGGACAAUGCUACUUCAGCUGCCAUGGGAACAAUUUAUGGAGAUUUCGGCGAUAAUUUCUGGACAGAACCAUUUCUGGCUGAUAAUUCCUACAACCCAAGUGGUUUUUAUACACCCUUGAUGGAGCCUGAAUUUCUGUAUCCAUCAUUUGAUGGAGAUUUCUUGUACGGAGCAACAUGAUUAGGGGUUUACUAAAGAUUUCAAUUUUA